GGGGCCGGGACCAAAGAGCGGCUUCUGCGGGGCGCGCGCACCCGGAAGCGCAGCCGCGCCAGCGCUCAGAGCCGCGGGAGGCGUCGCCACGGCCACCACGUCCUCAGUCAUGCCGAAGCACGAGUUCUCCGUGGACAUGACCUGUGAGGGCUGCUCUAACGCAGUCACUCGGGUCCUCAACAAGCUGGGAGGAGUUCAGUUUGACAUUGACCUGCCCAACAAGAAGGUCUGCAUUGACUCUGAGCACAGCGUGGACACUCUGCUGGAGACCCUGGGGAAGACAGGAAAGGCCGUUUCCUACCUCGGCCCCAAGUAGUGAGGGCUCGGGCCCCUGGCCUGCAGGAUGGACCAAAGUGGGCAGGAUGCUGAUCUGCCUUCCAGACAGAUGUAAGGCCUGGCAGUCCUGCUCAACGACGGGAAUUCCUGUGGAGACCCUCACUUCCCCUGCUCCUCUGUAGCUUCCCUCUAAUAAAGUCAAGCUGCUUUUGCUGGA